AUGAAUUCUCUAACUUUGUUAGUUUGCAUAUUUGCUGUUGCAGUCAUCCCAGAAUUUGUCAGUGGAGGGGGUGUUGCAAAGCGGCUUGUUCUUAUUUCUGAUGGAAGAACACGCCCUUCUGACAAAAAGAGUGAAACGCUGAGGCAGGCCGAUGAAUUACGGAAAAUGGGUGUAAGGAUCGUGGUGAUGUCAUUGGUUAACUCCUAUAAACCUGAGUCUGAUAUUGAAAAGGAAAUCGAGUUUAAUCAGAUCACGGGUGGUCGAGGUUUUAACAUCAUCGAUACAAAUAACUUCGGUAGUUUACUGGGUCCCCAAGGUCCGUUGCCAAGCCUUAUUAAUGCAAUAUGCGCGAGGGAAGAUGGUACUGGCAAUACAGUUAACCCGGCUGGUGUUACAACUACACAAGCACCUAUUAUUACCAACCCUCCUGUGAUUAUAACUACACAAGCACCUUUUAUUACUAACCCUCCUGCGACUACUAUUAAUCCGUUCCAAACAACUACUGUGCGUGGCGACCCUCAUGUUUCUUGCGUGCUACCUUCCGGUGACCGUAUCUGCUUUGACGCAUAUGGAGACCCUGGGAAAACAUAUCUGUUCUUUGAUGAUAAACUUAGUCGAACGAAGGUGUUGGCAACAUUUGUUUCUGUUGAGGCGUCUACAUCCAGUAAAGACUUGCUGUUCGUAGAUACGGUGUAUAUUCAAAGCCAGAGUAUCAACAUCAUUGCGACCAUCUCUGGCACCUCCAUUCUGGAUCACGAGACUGGUCGAGAAACAAAGCUUUCAUGCAUGAAAUCGCAUAAGUCUAAACAUACUUUCGGGAAUGUAAAGGCAGAAAUCGAAAACAGGUAUUUAUGGAUUGAGAGUCCUGAAUUUGGCAGAGUUGCCGUUAUGAAGUACAACAACCAUCUUGAUUUUGACCUUGCCUAUGAUAAGUCCGUCGUUGCUGGUGGUUUUGUAGGAGAUAUCUGUUCCUCCGCUUUUACCAAGGCCAGCAUGCCAACCAACAAGCCAUUGAAGUUUAACAGCAAACACUUCUUUACGGGAAAUCAUGAAAUUAAAAAUGGAGUCCUUACUGCAAAUGGUGUCAGCGUUGAUCUCACCAUGAGGAAAGGAUGCUACAAACCAGUGUCUGAUACAUCUAAAGAAGGCAUAAACAGAAUCCUCGAAGAUUACUUAACAGACGACGAUGAUCUGGAAAUAAUGUUCCAAGCCAUUUAAACGCAAGACAAAACAAGACUCUGCCAGUGAUUAGCACUCCGAGAAAUCUCGUCUCACAGUCAGGAUAUACUA